AUGACAAAUAUCAAUGUUAUCGAAGCGGUUCGCUCGUAUAUCAAUCGAAUGAUUGAAGAUUGCGGCUCAACGAUAAAAGGGCUUGUCAUGGACAAAGAAACGGCUUCGAUUGUUAGCAUGGUAUAUGCUCAAUCGGAAAUUCUUCAAAAAGAAGUGUUCCUUUUCGAACGUAUUGACAUUGCUGGACAGAAAUCAUUGAAAAAUCUGAGCGCAAUUUGUUUUCUCCGACCAACGGAUGAGAACAUUCAAGCACUAGUACGCGAGUUACGUGAGCCAAAGUAUGGAAGUUAUUUUAUCUAUUUUACAAACUUUGUUGAAAUGAGUGACAUCAAAACGUUAGCUGAAGCUGAUGAAUUCGAAUGUGUUCGAGUUGUACAAGAAUUUUACGCAGAUUACUUAGCCAUCAAUCCGCAUUUAUAUUCUCUCAACAUUCCGAGUACUUAUCAAAGAAAUUAUGAAUGGAAUGAAAAUCUUCUCCGUCGUACCGUACAAGGUUUAAUGUCAUUAUUACUUUCACUACGAAAGAAAAGUGCAACAAUUCGGUAUCAGAAGUCAUCAACAAUGGCUAGAUCGUUAGCUGAUAAACUUUUCAGCACAUUGAAACGUCAAGUGGACUUUACCACACCGAAUCCAAAUGAUAUCAAUCAAACAAUCGUAUUGAUCGUUGAUCGACGUGAGGACGCAAUUACUCCACUGUUGAAUCAGUGGACAUACCAAGCCAUGGUUCAUGAAUUGAUUGGAAUCAAAAAUAAUCGGGUUAAUCUUAGUCAAGUGCCGGGUAUUACGAAAGAAUUGGAAGAAGUUGUGAUGAAUGCUGAAUAUGAUGAGUUCUACGGCAAUAAUCUCUAUAGUAAUUUUGGUGAAAUUGCUACAAAUAUCAAAGGACUGAUGGAACAUUUUCAAGAGAAACAUAAGAGUCAAUCAAAAAUCGAAUCGAUUGGUGAUAUGAAGGUCUUCAUCGAAAACUAUCCGCAAUUCAAGAAACUCUCUGGCACUGUGUCUAAACAUGUGACCAUUGUCAGCGAAUUGUCACGUUUAGUUGGUCAAUAUCAUUUGCUUGAAGUCAGUGAAACUGAGCAACAUUUAGUUUGUCAAGGUGAUCAUAAUGAAGUUGUUCAAAAAAUUAAACGUUUGAUUAAAGACGAGAAAAUUCGCGACGUCGAUGUCCUUCGUCUGUUAUCUCUCUAUGCAUUACGUUAUGAACGGCAUGCAAGCAAUGAAUUCAAUACAUUGAAAUAUGAAGCACAAAAACAUCGACGAUUGUCCGACAAGCAUCUUCAUUUUCUCCAAGCUAUACUCGAAUACGGUGGCUCGAAAUUUCGACAAGCCGAUCUGUUCAAUACUCAAACACCGAUGGCUAUAACCAGACAAUUCAUUCGCGGAUUACGAGGAGUAGAUAAUGUCUAUGCGCAGCAUGUCCCAUUAAUAAAAGAUUUAAUUGAUCAAUUACUACGCGGCAAAUUGAAGGACACAUCCUAUCCAAAUGUAAGUUCGAAAGAACAAGCUACACAACAAAAUUUAUUACAACAAGGUCAAACUGUCAAGCCAAGUGAAAUUAUUGUCUAUGUCAUCGGUGGUGUGACUUAUGAAGAAUCGUAUCAUAUUCAGAUGAUGAACAAACAGAGUGCACGCAUUUUACUAGGUGGUUCUUAUAUCCACAAUUUCACGUCAUUUAUCGAUGAAGUACUCGAUGGAGCACCGUCGUCAUUAUCGGCUGCGUCCAAUGAACUUCUCUCAUCAAAACGUCGUUAA